AUGAAGAUAGAGUUUAGUAUUUUUACACGAAAAAUAGCUAUAAUUAGCAUAUGUGUAUUUGCUAUAGCUGAUCGAUAUGCAAAGGCGUCCACUGAAAAGGUAGAGAAGACAGCGUGCAAUGAGAUAUGUAAGAAAGCAGAAGAAAGUAGAAAAUCGCUGUUUUUCAAGAGCAUUCCGAAGAAAGAUUCAGAGAGGGCAAAUAACAGCCUUUUAAAGCAAAAGGCGCUAAGAAAAAAGAAGAUUAAAGUGGAAACCUCGCUAGUGAAUGCUGCAGUUGAGAAAGAGAGUACAGAUCUAGAAAGUGCGAGUUUAAAUAAGCAAAACCCAGUAUGUGAAGACAGGGUGUGCACAAAGGACUUAGGAAAAAAACAAGAGAAAAAAAGCACUUCUUUUCUGAAAACAAAUGAAAAAGCUCCAAAAGAUAGUAAUGGCAACGGCAUAUUCAGCAUAGGCUCAGAAGAUGUGUCAAAUAGUAUUUCUGUUCGCAGCAGUAGUAAAGAGCUACAGCAAAAUAUGCAAGCACCUGAUAUGUAUGGAAUCGGCUCAGAUAUUAAAGCAGAAGAAGAAGCAGAAGAGAAAGAAGAAGAAGCAGAUAUUGUAAGUGAGUCCGUCCAGAAUUUGCACAUCAAUACCAAGAAGUUCACAAUGAACAUAAACAACCUACUAGAGACAAAAAAGUCAAUAGCGUCAGCUAGUGACGUAUGCAGUAAGCUGGAAGAAGAAAUAGAAAAGAUUGAUGUGGAAAUGGAAAAGGCUAUGGAGGAUCAUAUAAAAAAGCAUAAGGACAUAGUUCACAUACAUGAUAAGAUCGAAAGUUUUUAUAGCGGGCACAUUUCAAAAAUUCCACCUGGUAUAGAUGCAGAAUACGACGAGAUGAACAGUAAAAUUAGUAUAUUGCGUUUAGAGCUAGACGUUCUUUCAAGGAAAAAUGAAGAUAUAAAAAAUGUAGUAUCUGCACAGAUACUUAUGGUUGAUGAUGCAGAAUGUACUAAAAAUAGCUCAAGAAGAUGCUUUAAAAGAUUUAUAGCGCUACUGAAUCAGUUUAAUAAGACAUACGACAUCUUGCUUAAGAGCGAUCUAGUGUUUUUCAAAAUCAUGGAAGAUAAAGAGAAGGCUUUGUUUUUAGCAAGAACACGAGAGGAAGAGUAUGCAAAGAGCGCGGGAGAAGAGUGCGGGGAUCUGACAGCACUGAUCGAAAUGCAUGUACAGAACAAAGAGUAUAUAGAAAAGACUAUUAUUAUGAAAAAUAAUAUAAACUCUCUUCAUGCAGCCCGAGACUGCAAGUUGCUCAACCUUAUGGAAACCUAUAAAAAAUACUGCACAUUAGUGGAUGGGUUUAAAAAAAAGAAGGAUGUUUUAUAUUUCGCUAUUGAGGGAUUCUGCAAGGCAAUAGAAGUGCUGGAUGAGUAUGAUAAUGAAGCAGGAAACCAGAAACAAAACAGGUGGGAAAGCCUCUCUGCAUAA